GGAACCAUGCCUUUCACCUAAGUCCUCAAAAAUCAAUUCCCAUCAAUUUCUCUUCAAACAAAUAUACAAUUACACCACUCUUAAGUCUUCAUUUAAUUCCACACACACCACACCACACCCCCUACUUUACCCCCUCCCCCCCUCUAGUAUUUGGUCUUCCUUCUUUCCUUUUUUAUUGCCGAGUCCAUUGCUGUAUUCAAAGCCUAUCUCUUUUUCUGUUUCCUUUGUAAUUCAUAUAUGGCCAAUGGUAGUGGACUCUUCUUUGAUCCAGAUCCCACAACACUCUUUCUUCAAUAUCCCUCAUCAAAAGACCACCAUUUUUUCAACAAAUUAAUUACUCAAGCUUUAUCAUCCAAUAAUUAUAUUAUGGAAGCCCCAACCAAGAACAUGUCAUCACCACCUCCCACUACUAUUCAAUUCCCAGUGAAUCUUAUUAAUGAUCAUGACCAAAAAAGACCAGUUCUUGAUGAGAUGGACUUCUUUGCUGCUAAAGAAGGUGGCAAUUGUAAGGAGGAUACUGACGACAGAAAAGAAUUCAAUAAACCUCUUGAAUUAGAUUUCAACAUAAAUACUGGUUUGCAACUUCUCACUGCAAACACUAGUAGUGAUCAGUCCAUAGUGGAAGAUGGUUUAUCCCCAGCUUCUUCUGAGGAUAGAAGAACAAAAACUGAGCUGGCAGUUCUUCAGGCUGAAUUGGAGAGAAUGAACGGUGAAAAUCGACAUUUAAGGGACAUGUUAAAUCAGGUCACAACAAAUUGUAGUACUCUACAGAUGCAAUUGACAAUACUUAAACAGAAACAACAACAUGAUCAUAUUGAGCAAGAUGACAAAGGAGAAGAAAUCAAGCAGCAAUACCAUCAAAGUAGUCAAAUGAGGCCUAGGCAGUUUAUGGAUCUUGGCCGUCUAGCAGAUGAGCCUUCAUUGUCGUCGUCCGAGGGGAGAAGAAGCUGGGAACAGUCACGAUCACCACCGAUGAAUAUCGUUGAGUCUGGUUCCAGUGAUAGAGAGGAUAGUCCUGAAAAAGGUUUAUCUUGUUGGGGUCCUAAUAAGGUUCCAAGAGUAGUGGACAAUGAGUCCAAGAGUAGUACUACUGUUGAUCAAGCCACUGAGGCUACCAUAAGGAAGGCUCGUGUCUCUGUCAGGGCUCGAUCCGAAGCUCCCAUGAUCACAGAUGGUUGCCAAUGGCGGAAGUAUGGGCAAAAAAUGGCGAAGGGAAACCCGUGUCCUCGCGCUUAUUAUCGCUGUACCAUGGCAGCUGGUUGCCCAGUUAGGAAGCAAGUUCAAAGAUGUGCAGAGGACAAAACAAUCUUGAUCACAACUUACGAAGGGAAUCACAACCACCCAUUGCCGCCGGCCGCGGCGGCAAUGGCCUCAACUACUUCGUCAGCAGCAAGAAUGCUACUCUCAGGUUCCAUGCCAAGUGCAGAUGGCUUAAUGAGCUCAAAUAUCCUAGCCAGAACUCUCCUCCCUUGUUCCUCUAGUAUGGCCACAAUUUCAGCCUCCGCGCCUUUUCCUACUGUUACAUUGGACCUAACUCAAAACUCAAAUUCUUUGCAAUUUAAAGGACCCUCUAACCAAUUCCAAUUCCCUUUCCAAAAUCCACACCAAAAUUCCCCUGGAAAUCCAAUUGCACUUUUACCUCAGAUUUUUGGUCAAGCUUUAUAUAACCAAUCAAAAUUCUCUGGCCUUCAAAUGUCCCAAAAUGUUUCAACAUUGCCAUCAAUUGGUGACACAGUGAAUGCUCUUACUGCUGAUCCUAAUUUUGCAGCAGCAUUAGCAGCAGCCGUCACUUCUUUAAUUGGCAAUUCACACCAUUCCAACAAUGUUACUAAUAAUAAUACUACAGCCGCAACGACUCCAAGCAACAAUAAUGAAACAAAACAGUAGCAAUGGCAACAAUAAAGUCAACAGUUCAAGUUCUUCUCCAGCAUAUUGAUAGCAAGCCAUGCUUCACCUUCUAUUUUUUUUAAAGAUCUCCUUAGUUAUUUUUCCAGCUUAAGUUUUUUUUUUGCUUAUUCAGCAGGGGGGAAAUGGAAUCAUUAUACAUGUCAAUUAUUUUUUAGGUUUUAUAGGUGGCUGAAACAUAUAUCCUUCAUUAAUUCUUUUCUUGGUUGAAUAAUGUAAUUCAAAUUACUAGUCAAUACAAGAGAUAUGUUGGGGAAGAAGUUAUAUUUCAA